AUAUAUGAGAAAGAAAAUAGGGAAGGAUCGGCACAAUCGGCGACUGGUUUGGCAGAGGCGACAACACAUUGAUGAUUGAUACGUUGAGGUUGUUGUCUUCUUAGGAACUCCGAACUGCAUGAAUGGCUGCUGAAGUCGCAGUCUUUGCCGACACAAACUUGGGCACUCGCAUUGCUUUCAAUGCCCCUCGUAACAUCACUGCGGGAGCACUCAAAAGAGACUUUGAGAAGGUGCACUUCACAUGUUUACCAGAGAUAGGAGAGAUCCAAGUUAAUGGAUUAACGGUGAAGCGAAAACGACACUUCUACUACCUGCCUGAUUCUCUGUCCAUAAAGUAUGUUUUUCCUGGCACGAGAGGAACUUGGUUUCUUCAUGUGGAAGUGCGGCCUUUAAAGGAUGUGCCAAUUUCUCUUUUACCCCAUGAUGCGGCUAUUGAUUCAAAACAUAGGGAUUUAGUAACCAACAGUUGUGAAAAUAAAGCAAGCUGCAAAAAUGAGGAAAAGAGAGUGGAAGAAUUCCACCGCCGUGGACAUCUAUCGGAAGAGCAUGAAACUACUGAUCAUGUCUUAAAGGAGCAGAAGGAAAAGGGAAACUCUCAUGAAAAUUGCAUGCAGAAUGCAGCCAGUGAACUGCCAGAAAGAUGCUCCUGCAGGUUUGGAGACAUGCCUAUUUGCGCAACUAAGAAGAGCCAGUGUGUGAUGCCAGAGAAUAAAGGUGAAAAGUUGGAUGAAAUGCAGGCCAACUCAAUGCAAGGUAGUCUCAGUAAGAUGUCAACACAAGUGAUAUCAGUCACCGGUAUAAUCAAUAAAUAUUUUUCAAGUUUCAAUGUUUUUGACAAUGUAAGCUGCUCUUCAGACUCAGAUGUUACAUCUAGAGCUGUUCGUAGUGAGAUUGAAGUUCAAUCAAACACCACAGCACAAAGUUGCUUAAAGAGACAAAUUGAUUCGCUUCCACAGUUCACCCCCAAAACACCUCCACACGUCUUGCAUGCUCCAUCACACGUUGAAUUGGUUUCCAAAAAUGUAAGGGGCGGAAAUAGAAGAUCCAAAGUUGGGAAAAGUCUUCUUGUGGAUAGAAGAUCCAAAGUUGGUAAACGUCUUCUUGUGGCUUCACAGAGUCUUGUGGUUUCAACUGCUAAGCAUAGUCCCACACUUUCUUUCUGUAGAUUUAAAGAUAAAAAACUGCUAAAGAAGAAAUCUCAAAAGGGUUCAGUAUUUUCUAUCAGUGAGAGUGACGAUUGACAUUAUAGUAGACUGUCAAAAGGCUGUAAAUAUGAUGUUAUUUUGUAUGUGAUCUAUUUAUUUGUGGGCAAAAUGUUGUAAUUUGAACUUGUGGAUCACGAGAAAAAAAAAAACAGAUUGCGGUUAACAUGUUGUAUUGAACUUGUUACAAUGAUGACAGUCUCAGAGAUAAUGUUAUUGAUUCUCAAAGUCGUUGGGCAAAAAAAUGAGCAAGGAGUGAAUUGUAAAGUUUCAGAUUUUAUGGGUGUUAGCCAAUC